AUGAAUGCGUUCAGGUUGGCUGGGGAUAUGACCCACCUGGCCAGUAUUUUGGUCCUCCUUCUCAAAAUCUACGCCACCAAAUCAUGCUCUGGGGUUUCGCUUAAGACUCAGGAGCUCUAUGUGCUAGUGUUUCUGAGUCGGUACUUGGACCUGUUCACGAACUUCGUCUCAGUAUACAACACUGUGAUGAAGCUGGUGUUCAUUGGAAGCUCGCUGGCCAUUGUUUGGUGUAUGCGGAUGCACAACGUGGUGAAGCGUUCUUACAAUAAAGAGCUUGACACUUUCCGCCAUGAUUUUCUUCUUGGGGGAUGCUUUGUGUUGGCCCUCCUUAUCCACGAGGAAUUCACAUUUCAAGAGGUUUUGUGGGCAUUUUCCAUAUACUUGGAGGCAGUUUCAAUUCUUCCGCAGUUAGUUUUGUUACAGCGAAGUGGAAAUGUAGACAAUUUGACAGGACAAUAUGUUUUCUUACUUGGGGCCUAUCGUGCAUUGUACAUACUCAACUGGAUCUACCGCUACUUCACAGAACCUAAAUUUGGUAGAUGGAUAGCUUGCAUUGCUGGUCUGGUCCAGACAGCUUUAUAUGGAGAUUUUUUCUACUACUACUUUCGCAGCUGGAAGAACAAUGCGAAGCUUCAGCUGCCAGCUUAA